AUGUUACUGAAAAACUUACACAGUCUCUUACAACUACCAAUUUUUUCGAAUGGAGCAGAUAAGGGUAUAGAACCAAACUGCCCUAUAAACAUUCCAUUAUCAUGUUCCAAUAAAACUGAUAUAGACAACUCGUGUUGUUUUGAAUAUCCAGGUGGAAUAUUUUUACAAACCCAAUUCUGGAAUUACUUUCCAAGCAAAAACGAUUUAAAUGAAACUGAAUUAGUGAAGGAGUUAGGGCCUCUAGAUUCAUUUACAAUUCACGGAUUAUGGCCAGAUAAUUGUCAUGGUGGCUACCAACAAUUCUGUAAUAGGUCCUUACAAAUUGACGAUGUUUACUACUUAUUGCAUGACAAGAAAUUUAAUAAUAAUGAUACAUCCCUGCAAAUAUCGGGCGAAAAGCUGCUUGAAUACCUAGACUUAUAUUGGAAGAGUAAUAACGGGAAUCAUGAGUCCUUAUGGAUACACGAGUUUAAUAAACAUGGCACGUGCAUUAGCACAAUUAGACCAGAGUGCUAUACUGAGUGGGGUGCUAAUAGUGUUGACAGAAAAAGAGCGGUCUAUGAUUAUUUUAGAAUAACUUAUAAUCUAUUCAAGAAAUUGGACACAUUUUCAACACUAGAAAAAAAUAAUAUUGUCCCAAGUGUGGACAAUUCCUAUUCUUUGGAGCAGAUAGAGGCAGCACUAAGUAAAGAGUUUGAAGGAAAAAAAGUCUUCAUAGGCUGUGAUAGACAUAAUUCCUUAAACGAAGUAUGGUAUUAUAACCACUUGAAGGGUUCCCUUUUGAGCGAAAUGUUUGUGCCCAUGGACUCACUUGCCAUUCGAACAAAUUGUAAAAAAGAUGGUAUUAAGUUUUUUCCAAAAGGUUAUGUCCCAACUUUCAGGAGGAGACCUAAUAAGGGAGCAAGAUACAGAGGAGUCGUUCGUCUAUCAAAUAUUAAUAAUGGAGAUCAGAUGCAAGGCUUUCUAAUCAAGAAUGGACACUGGAUGAGUCAAGGUACACCAGCGAAUUACGAGUUGAUUAAAUCUCCCUAUGGGAAUUACUACUUGAGAACUAACCAAGGGUUUUGUGACAUUAUUUCGUCUUCAUCUAAUGAAUUGGUCUGCAAAUUCAGGAACAUUAAGGAUGCAGGUCAAUUCGAUUUUGAUCCAACGAAAGGAGGAGACGGAUAUAUUGGUUAUUCUGGUAACUACAACUGGGGCGGUGACACCUAUCCAAGGAGAAGGAAUCAAAGCCCCAUUUUCUCUGUAGACGAUGAACAAAAUUCCAAGAAAUAUAAGUUUAAAUUAAAAUUCAUCAAAAAUUAA